UUACCGCGACCGCGAGCGGCGGGCAGUCACGUGACGCGACGGCUGGGGCUCCCGGCGCGGGGGACGCUGGUGGCCAAGAUGGCGGCGGAGCUGGUGGAGGCCAAAAACAUGGUGAUGAGUUUUAGAGUCUCUGAUCUCCAGAUGCUUCUUGGUUUUGUUGGCCGAAGUAAGAGUGGACUUAAACAUGAACUUGUCACCAGGGCGCUACAGCUUGUCCAGUUUGACUGCAGCCCUGAAGUCUUCAAGAAAAUUAAGGAACUCUAUGAGACUCGAUAUGCCAAGAAGAGCUCUGACCCUGUACAACCCCACCGGCCUUUGGACCCACUCUCCAUACAUUCUUCCUAUGACCGGGGAAGUACUGUCCCCAGGACUUCUAUUUCUACUCCUAACAUUGACUAUCCUGUGCUAUAUGGGAAAUAUCUAAAUGGACUUGGACGAUUACCCUCUAAAGUUGUCAAGCCAGAAGUCCGCCUGGUGAAACUGCCCUUCUUUAACAUCUUGGAUGAAUUGCUGAAGCCAACAGAGUUAGUCCCACAGAAUAGUGAGAAGCUGCAGGAGAGCCCAUGCAUUUUUGCGUUGACGCCGAGACAAGUGGAACUGAUCAGAAACUCCAGGGAGUUGCAGCCUGGAGUGAAAUCAGUUCAAGUGGUACUAAGAAUCUGUUACACAGACACUAGCUGUCCCCAGGAGGAUCAGUACCCUCCUAACAUUGCCGUGAAAGUCAACCACAGCUAUUGCUCAGUCCCGGGCUACUAUCCAUCAAAUAAACCUGGAGUGGAGCCAAAACGGCCCUGUCGUCCCAUUAAUCUCACACACCUCAUGUACCUAUCUUCAGCAACAAACCGAAUCACUGUCACCUGGGGGAAUUAUGGAAAGAGCUACUCAGUGGGUUUAUACUUAGUACGGCAACUGACCUCAUCAGAACUGCUGCAGAGGUUGAAAACUAUUGGAAUUAAACAUCCAGAGCUCUGCAAAGCACUUGUCAAAGAGAAGUUGCGUCUUGAUCCUGACAGUGAAAUCGCUACCACAGGUGUCCGAGUGUCUCUCAUCUGUCCGCUAGUAAAAAUGCGACUCUCCAUGCCUUGCCGGGCUGAGACAUGUGCCCACCUGCAGUGCUUCGAUGCAGUAUUCUACCUCCAGAUGAAUGAGAAGAAACCUACUUGGAUGUGUCCUGUGUGUGACAAGCCAGCCCCCUACGACCAGCUGAUCAUAGAUGGCCUCCUAUCCAAGAUCCUAAGUGAGUGUGAGGAUGCAGACGAGAUCGAAUAUCUGGUGGAUGGUUCCUGGUGUCCUAUCCGAGCUGAGAAGGAGAGGAGCUGCAGCCCUCAGUGCCCAAUCCUUGUCCUUGGGUCUUCUGAUGUGAACGGGCUGUUACCCACCCCCAAUGGGAACAGUGAAAAUGGAAAGCCAACCGCUGAUGUGGUGGACCUCACACUGGACAGCUCAUCCUCAGAAGAGGAAGAAGAGGAGGAGGAGGAGGAAGAAGAAGAUGACGAUGAAGAAGAUGGCCCCCAACCCAAACGCCGCUGCACGUAUGAAAAAGGUCUAGUCUCCGCCUGCUGACUGGGGCCUGGAGCGAGCAUUGUCCUCUGGGGACAGACUUGAAUACUCUGGUGCUUACAAAACUGGGAGGGAGGCAGGUUGGUUGGGGCGAGGGGUGUGGAGGGAGGAGGGAUUUUUUCCCCACCCCCUUACCACAUUCUUCCUCUUCAGUUUCUUUGGACUUUACUAUACAAAGCUAACGAUUUAAAAGCAAGCAAACAAAAUACACACACACACACACACACACCACACAAAGCAACAAAAUUGAGCUGCUUCCCAGUUGGAAAAAAAAAAAAAAAAAGACAAAUUUGAGCCUGGAGGAAGGAGUGGGGCACCCAGGCUGGUUUAGCGGAUCCCAUUGAGUCCACCUUGCAUGGGAGGCAGUUGCCCAGGAAGAGACUCCCAGCCCUGGUCAGCCAUCCCUCUCUGCCUCUAUUCCCCCCUCCCCCCCAUCCCAACUGACCAUGUCUCCAUUCCAGGCCAUCUCCAAAGUUCCAUGCAUUUCUCUCUUGUUGAAUAACCAUUCCUGACUGUCUACAUGCCUUGCUGGGUCUUUGGAUGAUUGGGGAGGGAUGGGGGCGGGGAUGGGACUAUGGCGGCUGAUGGAACCUAGCAAGGUUUGGGGAGGGGCACUUUGUUGGGGAGUUUGGGGAGGGAUUGGGGGGGAAUGGAACGGGAUGGGGGCAGGGAAGAUAUAGAAUUCCUGAGACAAGCUGUUCCUACUGGGAACACCCACGGCUCUGCACCUCAUGGAAACCAACACCCAUUUUUGAAACCUUUUAAUCAAAUCUGAAGAUGAUGUAGAAUUUCUUCGUAGUGAAUCAUUUUAGUUGAGAAGAAGCCAUGGUGAGGGGUCGGGGAGGGAGGUUGUGAAGGGUGGGGGAGGGGGAAGGGUUUAAGCCACAGAGCUGUUGUAUUUCUGAAAGUGCAAUAACUUGGCAUUUUGAAGAUAGAAGCACGUAGACGAGUUUCCCUUUGGAAGGAAGCUUCCAUGGUCAGUGGGAGGCUCCGAGGUGACCAGCCCACUGGGAUGGAGGAGAGCAGAGGGGGAGGGGUCAGGUGGGGGGCAAGGUGGGAAAUGAGGCCCUUCAAGAAUGCCAGGUGUGGAAAUUCUCAGUUUCUAGCCAGCUACCUCGGUAACUCCAAUUCAGGUUUAUUUCAGUACGAAACAGUGCAGACACCCACCACCGGCUCUGUCCCCGUGUUGGUGACAAGAUGAAGGGUGGGGAUGUCGGGGAGGGAAGCAGCCACAAGUUCCUGGACUUCUCUGUGCAUCUCUCUCUUUCUCUCUCUCUCUCUUUCUCUCUCUCUUUCUCUCUCCUGCUCAGUACUCUGCCCUAAAACAGGAGCCCAUGCCCUAAAACAGGAGCCCACGGCUUGCUGUGGAGGGGGGGAGGGAGGAGAAAGGGAGGCAGAAGAGGGUUGUUUUUUGUGUUUGUUUUGUUUUGUUUUGUUUUGUUUUAGGCUUUUGGUGUUUGGGGGGGUGGGGAGGGAGGGGUUUUGAGUCUACAAGCAGUUACAGGUUUCCCUCACAGUAGGAAUAUUGUUGGAAACUUCUUGCUGAAAUCUGGCUGACUUUGCUUUCCAGAGCCUGUCCCAGAGGUGGGACUUUGAGGGUGGGGGGGUCAGAGAGGAGGGAGAUGUGGGGCUGCCCCAUUUUUCCCUGCUUCUUACCACUCAGGUUGCCUGGAAACCAAAUGCAAUCAGGUGUGGAAGGUUCUUGUCCCAGGCUGGCUUUCUCUGGGCGCCCAGCAGCUGAACUCUUCUGUUCCAAGGCAGACGUUCUGCUCUCCAACCCCUGGCAUGUUUCCUGAGCUGGAGUAACCAAGUCAGACACUGGUCUAGGGUCUUCCUCUUGUCUUCCUCCUCUCCCCUCUUUCCCACUGGGAGGUGAGGAGCAGGCCUCCCCGUGCCACUUUCUACUCCUCUGAAAGCCCACCCCAAAAGGAGCACCUUCCAGAUGCCCGUUAGGAAGUCUGGGGGACGGGCAGGAGUAGAGGAGAGGAAGUGAUACAUCUAAAAUAAUUCCAGCAACCUAAAGCCAUCCGUCUACCUCCCCUUUCUCCUCUUUCUCUACCGGAAUCCUCAUAGAAUGGAUAGAAUGGGGCUGGGGAGGAGACACGCAGGUCCAGGAGAUGGAGACAAAGGUUCCUGGUGGAGACCCAGGGCUACCAGGGCCAUCCCUCGGUCCUGAUCUCACCCCGUGUGAUUGGCGGUGAGGGGAGUAGGACUGAGUGUGAUCCACCCCCACCCCCAGGCUGGGUGCUGCCAGGAGGAGGAGGGGCCUUUCCUCCCAAUCCUCUGAUGACUCACCCCGGAAACACAGAUGGGGAGGGGAGAGGGGAUGUGCUGGUUCCUGUUGGGAUUUCACUCCCCCACCCCCAAAGCUGGGCAGAGAUCCCCACCCAGCUGCUGAACUGUCACAAAGGGCACUCUGGGGAUCUCGGGAGCGGCACUGAAAUGGCCAGGGUUUCUCCAAGGUGGGAAAGGAGAGCCUUGGACUUGAUUUCCACCUGUUUUUCACGGUUUUCUUCGUUUCCUUUUCCUCCAGUCCUCCCUGCCUUUUUCCAAACUCAGAAUAAUUUUCCUUUAUAUAAACAACUCUCCUAGCAAGGAAGCAAUAUCAUUUCAGGUAACAAUGGGAAAUGUGGUAGAGCUCCAAUUAAGUUUUACUGUAUAAAAUCAGUUGCUCAGCUUGACUCCUCAGGAGCACUGGCAGCUCACGUCCAAUUUUUUCUAAUAUUUGUAUCCUAAUUUAAUUGUUUUUUAAAAAUGAAAAUAAAAAAGGUCUAGGCCAAGCCACUUAGAAACAUCAUGAUUCAGUUCCUGGUUUGGGUUGAUUUUUUUGGCCAGCUGUUCUGUACAUAUGUUUUCUUAUAUCCUCGUUUUGUUUUUGUAAAGAGAAAAAAAAAAAAGGAAAAAAAAACCCAAAAUAUUUUUCUUUCCCUUCCGUACACAUUCUUCAGAAUUCAAAAGUAUAGUGUUUUGUUAAAUAAAAGAUUUACAUUUCGA